AUGUCGGGCGACUGCGGUGGCACCAAUACUCGCCUGGCGCUGUGGAACAUCCCCAAGAGCUCAGUGUAUACAAAGGGCGACAUCGCUCCGGGCGAGAUGUUGUUCUCCAAGAAAUAUCUGAACGAAGAGCACGGAAGCUUCAACGAGGUAUGUCACCUCUUUUUAAACGAAGCCAAACUCGUGGACGAGGUGCCUGCUGCGUGCGUAUUAGCCUGCGCCGGUCCCAUCCUUAGCAACACGGUGGACUUCACCAAUGUGGAGUCAGGCUGGAAGAUCGACGGUACUAGUCUCGAAAAAAUACUCGGAAUUAGGACCGUGCGUCUGAUCAACGACUUUGCUGCCAUGGGCUACGGUCUGCUGACCCUGCGUCCUCAUGAGUAUAUCGUCCUUAACGACGUCCCUAAAGAUGAGACGGCUCCUAUGGCUACCAUUGGAGCUGGUACCGGUCUUGGCGAAUGCUUCUUGACUCCUGGUAACGACGGUCAGUACUCGUGCUUCGCCUGUGAAGGUGGCCACACUGACUUCGCCCCCGCGGAUGAGAUCGAGAUCGAACUGUACAAUGAGAUCAAGGCCAAACUGGGUUGCAGUCAGCGUUUCUCGGUGGAGCGUAUUGUGUCUGGUCCUGGUCUGGCGACGAUCUACGAGUUCUUGGCCAAGAAGUUCCCUGAGAAGGUGGACCCGAAGGUGCACGAGGAAUUCCUCCAGGCCAACACGCAACAGGGCAAGGUGAUUGGCGAGAACGCCAAGACGAACGAGCUGUGCAACCAGACUCUGGAGAUCUUCGUGGGUGCGUACGGCCGUGAGGCUGGCAACGCGAUGCUGAAGUAUUUGCCUCGUGGUGGCUUCUACAUCACUGGUGGACUUGCUCCUAAGAACCUGGACUACUUCACCAAGAAGGACAUUUUUCUCAACUCUGUGUUCGACAAGGGCCGUGUGAGUCCUGCUCUUAAGGCAUGCCCAAUCUACCUGGUGCUUACCGAGGACCUGGGCGAGCGUGGUGCUCACUUCUUCGCCUAUCAGCUACUAGGCCAGUGCGAAUAA